AUGGAGAAGGUGAACAUCGAGCCAUGUGUGAAGAUGGACACCCAAACCCUUGAUCUUCUCAAGAUAAGAGAUGAUGUCACAUGGUACAUAAGGAAGCUAGGCUUGAGCAAGCUCUUCAAGCUAGAAUGUAGUGAGUACUCACAACUCACCAAGGAGUUUCUCUCCACAGUAGCUCUUGCCUUUCCCAACCACAAUGGAGACCAACCAGCUGCACAUGACUUCAAGGAGAACUCAAAGAGGAAACAAGCUGCCUUUGCUGAUUGGACACACUUUGCCAAUGAACCAUUCUUGCCUUCAAGGUCAAAGGUGUCUAGAAUCACCCAUCCAGCCAUUCGCUAUGUGCACCGCCUCAUCUCCACCACUUUCCAAUGCAAACAAGAAGCCAACAAGGUCACAACUGAUGAGUUCUACAUCCUCACCACACCAUUCAUCAAGCAUGAGUACAAGGCCAACCUUGGACUUUUACUUGCCAAGACAUUCAUCAAUGUGAGGAAGCUAGCUCAAGACUUGGAAGGCAACAAGAAGCUUUGUGUUCGUUUUGGGAGGCUUAUCACGGCCAUAGUACUGCAUGUGGGGAUUGACAUUCCCAACUAUGAGCCACUACCCAAGCCAACCCCUUUGGAUCUCCAUGCUCUUCAGCACAUCCACUUCCUAAACCGUUGGACUAAAGACCCAACUCGGUUUUGCUAUGAGUUUCCAAUUGGUCCAGCCAACACUUCCCUUGUCUUGCUGCCACAUGAAGACAUCCCAAGCCUACGCUCAGGAGUUGUCACUUUCCAGCCCAAUGAGGAAGAGUUCUAUGUUCCAUCAAGUGAGAAACCAUCAUUCCCCAUGCUCACCUAUCGCACACUUCAGCAUGCAGUCAAGACUCAACGCCGCCUCCAAGAACGCCAUGUUCUCACUACUGGCAUGGCUGCGCACCAAGCUCUAGACCGUGUUAACAAGCUGGAGAAGAUAGUGGAAUGCCAAUCUCGCUUCAUCUCACGCCUAGUCCGCGUAGUUCGCCACAUUGCACCGGAGAGACUCUUUCGCCCUUCUUCCACCGCUAGAGAGCCAUAUGAGCCUGACCUUGGUGAGUUCUCACUAGACUCAGAGCUUGGUUCAGAAGGCGAUGACCCCAUAGAUGAGGAAGAGAGUUCUUCUCACUGCCACACAUAG